CCGCCGCAGCCCCCAGCCCUGACUCCAGGCGUCCCGGCCAUGGCCCGUGUGCUCUUACUCAGUCUGAGCUUCUUUGCCAUCCUCCUGCCGGCGCUGGCCGCCUGCCCCCAGAACUGCCACUGCCAUGGCGACCUGCAGCAUGUCAUCUGUGACAAGGUGGGGCUGCAGAAGAUCCCCAAGGUGUCGGAGACAACCAAACUGCUCAACCUCCAGCGCAACAACUUCCCCGUGCUGGCUGCCAACUCGUUUCGGACCAUGCCGAACCUGGUCUCGCUGCACCUGCAGCAUUGCAACAUCCGCGAGGUGGCCGCCGGUGCCUUCCGAGGCCUGAAGCAGCUCAUCUACCUGUACCUGUCCCACAAUGACAUCCGGGUGCUGCGAGCUGGAGCCUUCGACGACCUGACUGAACUCACUUACCUCUAUCUAGACCACAACAAGGUUUCGGAGCUGCCCCGGGGUCUGCUCUCCCCUUUGGUCAACCUUUUCAUCUUGCAGCUCAACAAUAACAAAAUCCGAGAGCUGCGAGCUGGAGCCUUCCAGGGUGCCAAGGACCUGCGCUGGCUCUACCUGUCAGAAAACGCCCUCAGUUCCCUGCAGCCUGGAGCCCUGGAUGAUGUGGAGAACCUCGCCAAGUUCCACCUGGACAAGAACCAGCUGUCUAGCUACCCCUCAGCUGCCCUGAGCAAACUUCGGGUGGUGGAGGAGCUGAAGCUGUCCCACAACCCUCUGAAGAGCAUCCCAGACAACGCCUUCCAGUCCUUCGGCAGAUACCUGGAGACCCUCUGGCUAGACAACACCAACCUGGAGAAGAUCUCAGAUGGUGCCUUCCUGGGUGUGACCACACUGAAACACGUCCAUCUGGAGAACAAUCGCCUGAACCAAUUGCCCUCUACCUUCCCCUUCGACAACCUGGAGACCCUCACUCUCACCAACAACCCAUGGAAAUGCACCUGCCGGCUCCGUGGCCUUCGGCGGUGGUUGGAAGCCAAGACUUCUCGGCCAGAUGCCACCUGCUCCUCGCCAGCCAAGGUCAAGGGUCAGCGUAUUCGUGACACAGACGCCCUCCGCAGCUGCAAAUCCCCCACCAAGAGGUCCAAGAAAGCCGGCCGCCAUUAAACAGGUGGGGGCCGGGCAGGGAGGCCACCACUGUCUGCCUCUGGAGAGUCCAGCCAGGGUACUGCUACCUCCCAUGACGCCAUCUCUGGAGGGGCGAUCAGACCCUCUGUCUUACAGGAAAAGGAGGGGAGG